AUGAGUAGCUAAAAUUAAUUUAUUAUCAAUAGUAUUAGAUAAGGUCUAAAUAGCAGCUUAAGAGACCAUAAUAACAGUAAAUCUGUAUCUAAUUAAACUUAAUAGCAUAAAAGUGGAAAAUCUAGACAUUUUGGUGUUUUACAAUAGCUCAAAAAAAGAGAAGAAGAUUGGAAUGAUAGGUUUUACGUGUAAUAGAUUCCUAUUUUCAAGCAAUAAAGUGCAAAAAGCAACCUAAGAGUAUAAUCAACUAAAGUUUCAGUUAAAAAUUCAAAUAAUGCCAGCAAGUUAUAAGAAAAUAAUUACGAAUCAAUUAGAAUUAGAAGAAUAACUUAAGAUUCAGUUGUAUCCAUUUAGAGGCCUUCAACAUCACAGUUUUAAUACCAAGUUAAAUAAAAUGAAAACAAUAACGGUGUUGUCAAUAAAUAUAUUAAGGAACUUUAAAAUUAAGGAGUAAGGCCUCCUAGCGUUAAUUAUUCAACUACUCAUCCUCAUGGUUAACUUAAACAAGCUGUCUUCCAUGAGAAUGCAUCUUCAAUACAAUAAAGCUAAAUAAUAUCUGAAGAAACAAUAAAAAAUUUAAAGAUAUAAAUAAAUAAUUUAUGGGAGGAAAACAACAUACCUGAUUUUCAUAGAGUUUUAUACGUUGAAUGCACAAAACAAUUUAAAAAAAAGUAAUUUACAACAAUUAUUUAGUAGGAGAUUCAAUCAUUAAAAGAGAGGAAGUCUUUCAUAUAAAUAUGCUUGAGGGCAUUAAGAGCUCGCCAAUAAUGCUUAAAAACAAUUAGAGAAUACAUAUUGUAGGAAUAAGAAAAUUAAUAGAAUUUAAGUGAAUAAAGCCAACAUAAAUUUGGGGAAUUAAUUGUGCAUUUAAGAAUAUUGACUUUAAACAUAGUUGAAUCUAUUCUGAGGUGGAGAGAUUACCUCUCUUAGUUAUCAUCUAUAAGCAGCAAGUAAAAAAUGUAGAAUCUUAAAUUUUUGUUUUAAGGAGAAAACUAUUUACUUACUUUAUAAAACGACUAUUCAUUCAUUUGUGAUUCUUACCUCAAAAAUUAUUUUUCUUUUUGGUCUUCAACUUCUGAUCCUUUCUUUCUUGCUACUUAGUCUUCCAAUAAUUCCUUCAUUUGCAACAAUCCUAUUAAAAGUGAUGUCUUAUAGAGAAUUAGGGCAAGUGAAUUAAUUUUAUUAGAGGAAAAAAUUUUUGCAAAAUUAGAGAUAAAAUAAAAUGAAUUGUUGAUUUCUCCUCUUGGGUUGUUUGAAGAUGAAGCCGAAGAUUUUCUCAGCAAUUAUUUGAAAGAAAUUCCAUUAAUUAUAAAAAAUAGCUUUGUUAGUGAUGCAAAAUAAAUUUUUGAGAAUGUUAAAUACGAAUAAGAAUUAAAUUGGGUAAAGAUCUCCACUAAUUUUGGAAAAUUAAUGCAAGGAUUAUGUAUUUUUUAUGUCGAUAAAAAUUGCUUUACUCAAAGAAGAAUAGUUAUCUCUCAUGUCUCUAGCAUAAAUCAGGAAAACUUUUAAAGUGUUCUCUAGAAAUUUAUAGAAUAUAUCUGGAGCAAUGAUUAUACGGAUGAAAUAAGAAUAACACUACAUUACUAAUAUGAUGAAAACAAAGACUACAAGAUAAAUGCUGAAAUUUAGAAUAGUCUUAAAAGUAUAGGUUUCAAGUGGAAAUAAAUGUAGAGUGAAAAAGAUACAGGAUUAAAAAGUACAAUCUUUGGAUUAAAUAGACCACAGACUAUUUAGAAAGGAUCUAUAAAACUUUAAAAUUAAGAGCCAAUUAGCUAUAAGCAACUCUCUAUACUUCAAGAUAAAAGCUCAUAAGAAUUUCCAAAUCUAGAGUUUCAAUCUUAUGAUUAAUCUCUCCUUAUCCUUGGACUACUAUAAAAAUCUAAAUGUUCAUCUGAGAUUCUAAAAGCCGUUUUAUAAAGCUCUCCAAAAAAGAAAUAGCAAUAAUUUGUGCCUCCUGGGACCAAAGAAGAAAAAAUAAAAUUAAAUGAUAGGAUUAGAGAAGUUUAUGAUUAAAUUUUUGACCAAAGCGAAUCAAGUAAUGCUAUAGGCUUAUUACAAUAAAAUACGCUUAGUGAUAUUUGUUUUAGCAAGCUAUGUUAUAGAUGGUUAAAUUUUCAUACAUUCUAGCUUGAAAACUACAAUCACUCAUAUAUUAGAAUAAAAAUUGAUGAAUAGAAUAAGCAAUAUUAUAUUAUGGCAACUUCUCCUCUAAUUUCAUCACCUAUUUACUUAAUUCCAACAGAUGAUAAAUCUAUAGUUGCCUUUAUUAUAAACCUUAAAGGAUAAGAUGUUGAAUAAAUAAAAUAAGGGAAACUUUGUAAAUUUGUGAAUGAAAUUAUUAAUAGCUCUAAUAAGGAUUAAGUUAAAAAUGAUGAAUUAUGGAUACCAACCUUUAAAAAAUCAUUAGAUUUUCACAAUUACUCAGUAGAUGUUUAAGAAGAGUCUGACACUGCACCAUAAAUAAUUUCAAAGAUAUUAGUCUCUACUUCCUAUAUUUAACCAAUACAAGCUUCACUUCAAAUUAAAUAGCCUUCUUAAGAAGCUUAUAUUUUCUAAGCACCCUUCCUAUUUGGAUUAAUAAAAGCUGAUGAUGUCGAUAUACCACUUUUUUCUUCCUAUAUUGAAGAAUGUGAUCUCAUAUGA